AUGGAUAGUAAGGGACGAGUUGGAUCAUCAACUUCUUCUUCUUUCACCGCCGAACUCUUCGGCUCCAAAGAUCCUUUGCCGCCAUCUUCUUCCUCCGGAAUCUUUUCUUCCAUUUUCCCUCAUCCUUCCAAGGGUGUUGCAAAAGAUGGUCAAAACUCCAAACAUGUCUCACAAGCUCAACGUAGAGAAUCUUUAACUGCGCAAGAAGACAGAGUUGAGCCAUGUCAUCUUAGCUCUUCACUUUACUACGGUGGUCAAGACGUAUACUCUCGACCAACCACAAACCAAACUUACCCUCAAGUUAAAAACGAGCGUCGAAGAAGCGGAGAAGACGAUUCUAAUGGACACAACUCGCAGGAUGUUUCAAGAGGAAAUUGGUGGCAAGGUUCUCUUUAUUACUAG